ACAGCCUUUCUACGGAACUCCCGUAGGUCCAAAAAGGCGAGAAACGACUCACAGACACCGCUCAGAGUGGUUCGUUCGCUGUAAACUGGGCCAACGUUCAGUUAUUUAAUCAACAUUGGACUGUAAUAUCACGACCAUGAGAGUCUUGAUAGGAGGAGGAUCUGGCUUUGUGGGUCGUGAGCUGACUCGCCUGCUCAAAGUCAAAGGUCACGAGGUCACGGUGAUAUCUCGCCAGCCGGGUCCAGGGAAGAUAACAUGGGGUGAGUUGGAGUCUCAUGGCCUCCCACCAUGUGAGGGCGCUGUCAACUUGGCUGGAGAGAAUAUGAUGAACCCACUACGAUGGUGGAAUGAAAGCUAUAAAAAGGAUUUGUUCUCCAGUCGCAUUGACACAACAAAAUCUAUGGCUCAAGCCAUCGCUGCCUCCUCCAGUCCUCCUCACUCCUGGGUCCUGGUAUCAGGUGUAGCUUGUUACAAGCCCAGUCUGACGGCCGAGUAUACCGAAGACAGUGAAUGGACUCCGUUUGACAUUCUCUCCAAGCUUGUGAAAGAGUGGGAGGCCUCGGCACUUCUUCCCGAGAACGUGACAAAGAACACCAAACAAGUCGUGAUCAGGUCCGGGGCGGUAUUGGGCCGCGAUGGUGGUGCCAUGAAGCAAAUGCUGCUACCCUUCUGGCUCGGCCUCGGGGGCACUCUGGGGUCGGGCAGACAGCCGUUUCCCUGGAUCCACGUCUCUGACCUGGCAGGCAUCAUCGCCCACGCCCUGGAGCCCCCCGCUGACACCCCCUCGCCUUCGCCGCAGGUGUUCAACGGGGUCGCCCCCGCACUGAACACCAACCUGGAGUUCACCAAAGAACUGGGCCGGGUCCUGAGGAGGCCCACCAUCUUUCCCGUGCCGGGCUUCGUCAUGAACACCGUUAUGGGCUCCGAGAGGGCCGUGGUGCUCCUGCAGGGCCAGAAUGUCGUGCCAAAGAGGACUCAAGAGGCCGGAUUUGAGUACAAGUACCCGGACUUGACCUCAGCCCUGAAAGAGAUCAUCGGGAGUUAACAGAUGUUGAAAGCCGACGCAAAACUUCCUGUAACUGUGUGUUCAUAUUUACUGGAUUUAGAAGAUUUUGUACAAAUAUGGCGGCUCAAAUCUAUCGUUGAACAAGAACUCCAGAUCACAGAUGGGUUUCAGGACUGCUUGGAAAGUGUUUUUCAUAUCACAUAAGACCAGAGUAUGAAUCAGGAGAGUUUCUUCAUGCUAAGCAUUGAAUAGAGAAACCUAAACCCAAAAGACAAAUACAGGUGGGAUCAAUUCCUGCGUAUAUAUUUAGUGCACACCGGGAUCAGUUCAACACGUAGCAAAACAUCACAACCUUUUAUUUUAUUGUAAACUCGAAUGAGAGCAUAGAUGCAGAAGAAGAUACACUCUGAUGUUGUGUGUGUGUGAGCUGCAGCAGAACUACAACCAACGAUUAAUAUCAUUAUCGAUUUUUAAAUGGCACAUUACUGUCCAGAUUGCAGCAAACUUGUGACAAGAAUUGGACUUUGAUUUUUUUUUUUUGUGAAGGUGGUGCACAAUAAAGCUGGUGAAAGAA